AUCAACAAACAUGUCUUAUGUCUUAAUGUGUAUAUAAAGUACAUCAAGUUUAUUUGUUUAAUCAAACCCCGCUUACAGCCCCGACUACAGAAAUCGUUUUCAUUUAUUGGUGAUAAACUUUCUCAUAGCGAUGUCAAUAAUUUCUGUUUGUUCUUACAUUUAGAUAUUAUUGUUCGCAAGCAGCAGCUCUCUCUCUCAAGUGCGUUAUUUAGGAUUUAUAAAGUAUAGGGUCAAUUGGCUGCAAGUCCUCAAACAGCCAGAAAAAAGGCGUCGAGUUUUGAUUGACAUCUUCAAGGACCAGUAGCAAGCCUCCGUGACAUUACGAGGAGCGCUUUAAAAUCCCUCCUCAAAGCGCGUGUCAAUAGAUGGACGCGAUGUGCUGAGAGGAGCACCGGGAACGAUUUGGAAGCUCGUGAUACAUAGCGGAUACAUUUGAAUGGACUCGCAGACUUUGAGAACCAAGUGAAGGACAACUGGGAAAUACUUCAAGUUACUACAAUAAUAUCAGGUGUUCCUGCCGUAUGAGACUGGAUACAUUUUGAGAAUAAGACCGAGAUAUUUGAAACCAUGCAACAUUACGGAGUAAACGGAUACUCUCUCCACGCCAUGAACUCACUGAGCGCCAUGUACAACCUGCAUCAACAGGCGGCGCAACAAGCGCAACACGCACCUGAUUAUCGGCCGUCAGUGCAUGCGCUCACCCUGGCAGAGAGGCUGGCUGAUAUCAUACUCGAGGCUCGGUAUGGUUCUCAACAUCGCAAACAGCGACGCAGUCGCACAGCAUUCACGGCCCAACAACUUGAGGCUUUGGAGAAGACUUUUCAGAAAACUCACUAUCCUGAUGUUGUGAUGCGGGAGCGCCUGGCCAUGUGCACUAACUUACCGGAGGCACGUGUGCAGGUGUGGUUCAAGAACCGCCGUGCAAAGUUUCGCAAGAAGCAGCGGAGCCUUCAAAAAGAACAACUGCAGAAACAGAAAGAUGCAUCAGCAGAUGGAAACCUUGCAACAAGCGAUAAGGAGGAUCCACCAUCCACCAUAAAUCUUGAGAACCAGCCACCUUCGUCCUCUUCCUCCAUGGAAGCAGAAGCGGCUCCCCAUGCCCCGGGAUCGGAGCAUAGCGUUGAGCUAAAUGUGACAUCGGCAGAGCAAUCAGGCAGUGAGUCGGCCACGGAAGACAAUGCUACAGACAAGGAAGAAGAGGUCAAGCAGCACAGGGAAGAUCUGAAGGUGGAGAAAGAACCAACACCUGGAAACCUGUCCCCUCUCUGCAAGCGUCUCAGCCCCAAACCAGAUUCACCUCUUGGUUCCCCAGCCAUCACAUCUACCUCUGGGGGUGUCACCAGCGGGAUCUCUCAGAGCCACUCCUACUCUUCAUCUCCGCUCAGCCUCUUCCGGCUGCAGGAGCAGUUUCGCCAGCACAUGGCCGCCACCAACAACCUGGUUCACUAUCCCUCUUUCGACAUGGCGACCCCCUCGUCCAUACCGUACCUGGGCAUGAACGUCAACAUGCCAGCGCCACUGGGCUCCCUCCCCUGCCAGUCUUAUUAUCAGUCUUUAUCUCACCACGCACAACAAGUUUGGAACAGCCCCCUGCUGCAGGCCUCCGGAGGCCUCCCCAGUCACAACAGCAAGACCACCAGCAUUGAGAAUCUACGCCUGCGGGCGAAGCAGCACGCAGCGUCGCUGGGCCUGGACACGCUGCCCAACUGAGCAGAAGACUGAAAACUACCUGAGCAAGGGAACACCUCUCUACCACGUCUAACAUGCCACACGCAUGGCAAUCGUCUGAGAUGUACAAAAACUGUUUUGAAAGACUUCGACUGCAAAAUGUAAAAAAGGUGUGAAGCCCAAAGCAUUCUCUUGAGGUUCUCCCGUCCGCAAAAUGUGCCGACUAAGAAUUUGAAUUCUUUACUCAUUUGCUUAUACCGAUAAUUAUCUUAAAUUUCCCAAUACUAUUUAUACAGUAUUUUAUUGAAAAUACGGCAUUUGUCAAUUUAUUUUAAAAACACAGACCCUGGUUUAGUGUUAUGUUUUGUAUGGGCAUAGACAUUUCAUAAAAGCACUUUUUGGAGAGGAUCUCAACACGUUGCAUGCACUGUACACCAGAAUCUGAAAAGAACUUAAUUUAAUUAUAAUGACUUUCAAAUUACACAUCACACAAAUUACCUUGUAAAUGUAAAUCUUGCACAACUACAUAGAUUAAUUAAACCUAACCGGUUUAAUGGUCAGGAUUAAACCACAGAAAAUUGAGGAUGGUUAGGUAACGAGGAAAUGAUUUCAUUGACUACAUAUACAAAGCUUUUAAUUACAUGUAGCCUUGGGCACAGAUGAAGAAAUGCAAUUAUAGACCAUGCAUAUCAUUUGAGAUUGCCACAUUAAUGCUAUGAGGGAAAAUACUCUCAACCUCAAGAAACUAGUGCUUAAAUGCAUAUAAACAUUGCAAAAGAAAACAACGCCGAGUAGUGGUUGAAUGGGAAGACAAACAGAAAGAACGCAAAGCACUUCCAUGUACGGCAGCUUUUUCCCUCUCAGUGCUGAGCUCUCAUUGUGUUCGUAAGCUGUUUUAAUAUGUAAAAUAUACAAAGUCUUUAUCUAUAAAUGUUUACUGGUAAGGCAAAUGUAAAAGUUCUAUGUUUUAGAUAAAGAAGAAUUUAACCCUGUGAUGAUUGGUAGCUGUCCCUUGUAAGAUUUUAUUGGCCGGCCUGUAGCCUGCCUGCGUUUCCCCAGGUUAUUUAACCUAUACAGUCUGGUUGUCUAUGUAACCUCUUUCAUCGUCACUGUGGACAUAAAUUUACAGUCAUUCACAUCACACAAAGUGGUGCAUUUGUAGCCUAUAUUGGUGGAGAGUGUUCCAGACGUGUACACAUCUUUCCCUAUGUCACAAGUAGAUUAAAACCUUGUAAAAUAAAACACUAAAACAUUCAAACUGUAUGUUUAUUCUCUCUUUUCGGGCCACUAAACAUCUCAUUUUAUAAACAAAACGGGCAAAUAAAGACUUGCUGCAUUAACUGUAAAACAAACACAAAAAUUACUAGAUAAAGACGUCAGGGAGAAGCGCAAAAACAGAAAUGAGAGCAAAGAGAGUGAGGAAAACAAGGUAAUCUUGGGAAAUAAAAUCGUUGUGGGGACAUAAACCACGCCAGAUGAAUAAGCGGGCCAUUAUGCUGAAGAAUGACAGCCUCGGGCCAUGAUUAUGCUGCUAUUAUAUCUUAAACAGUGUGGUUUGUCAAAAUGCAUAAGCCCUUUGCUCACAUAAAGAGGGUCUCCCCUCUGUAUGCAUUUUACCAGAGGCUUGAUGCCACCGCCACCACAUUGUCGGUGCCCUUGAUACGGCUGCUAACUGC